UGUAACCCUCUAAAAACAACCUUCAGUGAAACACACUUACACCCACCUCAGAUUAUGGUUUCAAUCAAUGACGAUCAUGCUAAGAACCACCACCCUUCUUCAUCUUCAAAUCCUGAUCACUCUAGCCCAAGAGGGUUUGCCCUUUUCUUCCUCUUUUUCUUUUAUUUUUUUCCCUUUAUUUUUUCAGUUUUUGUUAAUUUUUCUUUUUUCUCUGUGUGUUGUAGGCAUCAGCUGCAAGUAUAUGAAGUUGCAAAGAGAAGAAAUAUCAUAGCAGUGCUAGAUACAAGUGGAGGGAAGACAAUGAUAGCUGUAAUGCUUAUCAAAGAUUUUGUUCAACCUAUCAACUCCAUUGAUAAAAAAAAGUUGAUUAUUUUCUUGGCCCCCACUGUUCAUCUUGUUAAUCAGGUUUACUUCUUUUUGUUUUUCCUGGAAAGUUUAAAUUUGGAUGUUGAACAAUAUUAUGGAGAUAAAGGGGUUAAUGAAUGGAACUCAGAGUAUUGGGAGAAAGACAUAAAGGAGCAUGAUGUUCUUGUUAUGACACCCCAAAUUCUGUUGGAUGCCUUGUGGAAAGCAUUCUUGAGUUUAGAGAUGGUGUCCUUAAUGAUAAUCGACGAGUGCCACCAUGCUACCGGUAACCAUCCGUACGUGAAAAUAAUGAAGGAAUUCUAUCACAAAUUGAACAACAAACCGAAGAUUUUCGGGAUGACGGCAUCGCCCGUAGUUAGCAAAGGUGCAUUAUCCAACAAUGAUUAUGAGGAUCAAAUUUCAGAACUUGAAAAUGUUAUGGAUUGCACUAUAUAUACAAUUGAAGAUAUGACAGAGAUGGAAACAUAUGUUCCUACAGCAAAAAAAAGUUGUAGGUUUUUCGAUCCAACACGAUUUUAUAGUUCGGGUUUGAAAGCAAUGAUCGAAGCCUCAUGGUUAAAGAUGGAUGCUUUAUUGUCAACGUUGCAAGGCUCGAUUCAUACUUCUUAUACAGAUAUGGAUGAUAAGUUUCAGGCCCUCCAUAAACGGUCAUCCAAUGACCAUGCUAAGAUUCUGCAUUGUUUCGACGAUCUUGGUCUCAUAUGUGCUUAUGAGGCUGUUAAAGUCUGUCUUGAGAACAUCCCUGAUACAAAAGAGGAGAAUGAAGCACAUAGAGUAGGUGUAUUGCAGUGUAAAAGGUUCCUCAACGAAGUGCUACAGAUAAUCGGGGAAUCCCUUCCCCUCGGUGAUGAAAAUUUUCUGAAUUCCGGGUUUGACUACUUAAAGGCGGUAGAUUCAGGCUAUAUAUCUCCGAAACUGCAUGAACUAAUUGAACUUUUAUUAUCACUCGGAGAACCUAGUCAAGUAUUGUGCCUCGUUUUUGUUGAAAGAAUUGUUACCGCUAAAGUAAUCGAAAGAUUUGUGAAGAAAGUAAGUUGUUUAUCGUGUUUUGUGGUUUCGUGUUUGACUGGAAGUAAUACGUCAGUUGAUUCCAUGGCACCAAAGAUCCAAAAGGAAACUUUGGAGUCAUGUCAAUCCGGGAAGGUGAAUCUAUUAUUUGCUACCGAUGUGGUCGACGAGGGAAUUCAUAUACCAAACUGUUCAUGUGUGAUACGUUUUGACUUGCCGAAAACAGUGUGGAGUUAUGUACAAUCUCGAGGAAGAGCUAGGCAAAGUGGUUCCCAAUUCAUCAUGAUGCUAGAGAGGGGAAAUGAGAAACAAAGAGAUCAACUAUAUGAUAUAAUUCGGAGUGAACAUUCAGUGACGAAUACAGCUAUGAAUAGAGAUCCUGAUAUAUCUCUCCCGGAAAACCGUACAUUGGAAGAAGCAAAUGUUUCUAUCGUGGCUGCUACUGGAGCUUCUGUUACUGAAGCUUCCAUUGAAGAAACUUCCAAAAAUCGUUGUGCUUCUAAAGGAAAAGAUCCCAUUUUCGAUUCAGGUCUAGGAACUACAAGACGGAAGGAGCUGCACGGAACAACUCAGAUUCGUGCAUUAUCCGGGAGCUGGGGAGAAAAAGCCGAUGCUUCGGUUUUCUUUGCCUAUAAAAUUGACUUUUCAUGCAAUGUUGUUAGCGAUGUUUACUCCGAAUCUGUUCUUCUAAUUGAAUCGAAGCUUGCUGAUGAUGUGGGGAACAUUGAAGUAGAUCUUUACUUGAUCGGAAAGAUAGCUAAGGCUCGUGUUUCUUUUUAUGGGAAAGUACAUUUGGAUGCUGUACAGAUUACGGCAGCAAAGCGUUUUCAGGAAAUUUUCUUUAAUGGCUUGUUCGGGAGGCUGUUUGUUGGAUCAUCCGGAACAUCAAGGGAACUUUUAUUUCAUAGUAAAACGAGCUUGUUGUGGCAUCCAUCGAACAUGUAUUUGCUUCUGCCCCUAGAGGAUAGUUUGAGUAAUGAACUGAGAAUAAACUGGCCUGGGAUAACAGCUUGUACAUUUGCUGUAGAGUUUUUAACUGCUGACGGUAACAGAGGUAAUCCGUCAUUGAACCAAACUGAUUCAUCCGUGACAGAACACAAGGAGACCAAUGUAAUCCACUUUGCUAACAGAUCUAUAGAUGUUAACAAUAUCAGCAACAUCGUAGUAUUGGCAAUUCAUACCGGAAGAAUCUAUUCCACCAUUGAAUUAGUUCAUGAUACAUCCGCCAAAAGUUCUUUCAAUGACAUUGCUGAUUUGAACUCAUCGAAGUUAGCGACCUUCUCCGAAUAUUACAACAGAAAGUACCGCAUCGUGCUGAAACAUCCAGGACAACCUUUAUUGCUGUUAAAGCAGAGUCAUAACCCGCACAACUUGCUGGUUGAUUUUAACGAUGAAGAUUUUUCAGCACAAGCAUUACAAGCAAGCUCGGUUAAUGAAAAGUCAUGGAAUAAUAUCCACAUGCCACCUGAGCUUUUGCUCGUCCUUGAUGUCCCGAUCUAUGUUCUAAAAGCCUUUUACUUACUACCAUCAUUGAUGCACCGGCUCGAGUCCUUAAUGUUGGCUAGCCAACUUAGGGAAGAGAUUGAUUUUCAUUCAAGCAACUUCGAUAUACCGAGCUCAUUGAUCCUGGAAGCGUUAACAACGCUUAGAUGUUGUGAAAGCUUUUCGAUGGAGAGGCUGGAAUUGCUCGGGGAUUCAGUUCUGAAGUAUGCUGUGAGCUGCCACCUCUUUCUUAGAGAUCCCGAGAAACAUGAAGGAGAAUUAUCAAUGAUACGUUCAUUGGCACUGAGUAACUCGACGCUGCAUAAGCUGGGAACUGACCGCAAAUUACAGGGUUACAUUAGAGACAGUGCUUUUGACCCCCGACGUUGGGUAGCUCCAGGACAACUACGUCUUCGGUCUUUUCCUUGUAACUGCAGGGUGGACUCUCGAGAAGUUCCUUUAGAUAAAAAGUUUCAGACUGAAGACCUGGAAAUUAAGGUCAGUAUAUCUUGUGAUAGAGGCCACCGAUGGAUGUGUUCGAAAACCAUAUCAGAUUGUGUUGAAGCUCUCAUAGGAGCAUACUAUGUAAGUGGUGGACUCAUUGCUGCUCUUCAUAUGAUGAAAUGGCUCGGGAUCGAUGCUGAACUUGAUCCCUCUUUGGUAGCUGAAGUCAUUAAUCGUGCAUCCCUACAAUCUUAUGUCCCUAAUGAUGAAAUCCAGAUUAUAGAAUCGAAAAUUGGAUACAAAUUUUCUAUGAAGUUUUUCUUACAGGAGGCCUUGACACAUGCAUCGGCGAACGAGUUUUACUGUUACCAGAGGCUUGAAUUUCUUGGUGAUUCCGUGUUGGACUUGCUGAUAACCCGAUAUCUCUACUGCAAUCACACCGAUAUAGAUUCAGGAGAAUUGACUGACCUCCGAUCGGCUUCAGUUAGUAACGAAACUUUUGCUCAAGUUGCUGUCCGUAAUGACCUUCAUAAGCAUCUUCGACAUUGUUCACCUUUACUAUUGGACCAAAUAAGUGAAUAUGCACGGUCCUUCCCUGAAUCUUGGGACACUACACGAUCAGUACCCGGCAUAAAAGGUCCAAAGGCUCUUGGAGAACUUAUUGAAAGUAUCGUCACGGCAAUCUUGAUCGAUACAAACCUGAACCUUGACGAAGUUUGGAGAAUUGUUGAGCCAUUGUUAUCUCCGAUCGUGACUCCCGAUAAGCUCGAGUUGCCUCCACUUCAAGAACUGAAUGAAUUAUGUGACUCUCUCGGGUAUUUCAUAAGGGAAAAGUGUGUUAAUACGGGAGAAAUGGUGCAUGCCAAGCUUUGGUUACAGCUGGAUGAUAUUUUGUUGGUCGGAGAGGCAUUCAAUCGAAGCAAAAAGGUAGCAAAAGGAAAAGCAGCUUUAUAUCUAUUGAAGGAACUCGAGGAUAGAGGGAUCUCCCGAAAGAGAACGAAACAGGGUCAUGCCGGUUCGAGUGGAACCACUGAUGAUGGUUUGUUAGAGCCAAAAAUGUGUAAGAAGCAGAAGAUAGCUGAGAUUCCUUCUCCGACUAACGAUUCUUCAAGGACAGCAUAUGGAGUUGAGAUUCCUUCUCCGGCUAACGAUUCUUCAAGGACAGCAUAUGGUUUUAGCUCCGACGCCCUAGUUAUUGCAAGGAUAAACACGAAUAAAGGACAACCGAGGGCCACUCUUUACGAGACUUGUCGGAAACAGUUAUGGCCUAGGCCUACAUUCGAAACAACAGAAGAAAGAUCACGUUCUCCCAUGGAAAUCGGCAAAGGUGCAGACCGAAAAAUCGGGUUUAACAGCUUUGUAACGAAGAUCACCUUGAAUGUACCGAGUUCAGGCAUUAUUGAAUGCACCGGAGAUGUAAGAGCCGAUAAAAAGAGCUCUUGGGACUCUGCAGCAAUCCUUAUGCUUUACAGCCUUAAAGAGCUAGGGAAGCUCAUCAUCCGCGAAUCCUACUUCCGAGACAUCAAGAACGGUGUAGUAUCGUCCGGCAGUCAUCGACCACUGCCUUACAAUAAUAAAAUAAUUUUUUUCAAUUUAGACAAUCAUAUUUAUUUUUGACCCGAAUUCGAAUAACAUUAGUUUUCUAUCA